AUGGAUGUGAACGAGCUCAGUCUGUCGCUGCAAAAAUUUGGAUUAUUAGAUAAAAUAGUGUUUGCUGCGAUGCUGUGCAGCUGUUCCUUAGUAGGGCUUUAUUUUGGCAUUAAAGACUUUAGGAAGAAGAAAUCAAUAAAGACUGAUCAUGAUACACUCAACUUCCUUAUGGGUGGCCGAAAGAUGAAAGUAUUUCCAGUCGCAAUGUCUCUUAUUGCUUCAUUAGUCUCAGGUGUCUUACUUUUAGGAGCUAGCACAGAGAUUUAUCUUUAUGGCACACAAUAUAUCUACAUUCUCAUAGCCAUUGUUAUAUCGUCAGCAGCGCUUCAUUUCGUGAUGAUACCAAUGUUCCAUAAACUACAAAUCAUAUCAGUCUAUGAAUAUCUACAGAUGAGAUUCGAUAGAAAAGUCAGACUUUUCGGUUCAAUUAUGUAUAUAAUAUCAACAGUAUUGUGGUUACCAAUUAUGCUUUAUGUUCCUGCAUUGGCAUUUAAUCAAAUGACGGGUAUUAGCAUUCAUAAGAUUACGCCGCUUGUUGUCGCAAUUUGUAUAUUCUACACAUGCUUGGGAGGACUAAAAGCUGUUGUCUGGACAGAUGUCGUACAAAUAACAAUCAUGUAUGGUACAUUACUUCUCAUAGCAAUCAAAGGAACAAUGAACGUGGGUGGAAUCUCAGAAGUAUUUGAGAAGAACAUCGAAAGUGGCAGAUUUGAAGCACCUGACAUGCGUUUAGAUCCAACAAUACGUCACACAUUCUUGACAUUGGUUAUUGGCGGUUCAAUUCUUUAUACAGCACAUAAUGCAUUAAACCAGAAUAUGAUCCAGCGCUAUUUAUCAUUAAAGUCUGUGAAGGCUGCACGUACAAGUAACAUGAUUUAUGUUAUUGGUAUGAUUAUAAUAAUAAUACUUUGUUGCUACAAUGGACUACUUCUAUACGCAACAUACAGCGAGUGUGAUCCAUUACAAACAAAACUAGCAAAAGCUAAAGAUCAAAUGUUGCCUUUACUGGUCAUGCAAACAUUUAAAGAUAUUCCGGGCCUCUCAGGGGUCUUCAUUGCUGGCAUUUUUUCAGCUGCUCUAAGUUCCAUCUCGACAGGACUUAAUUCAUCUGCUUGUGUAGUUCUUGAAGAUUUCUUUAAGCCAUUCCGUAAAGAAAAAAUGUCAGAAAGAAUGUGCACAGUUGUGACAAGAGGGACAGUUAUAAUACUCGGAAGUAUUGCCAUAGCACUCGUCUACAUUGUACAACAUAUGGGAACAAUACUUCAACUCACUUUAAGUGUGCCGACAGCUUGUUUCGGGCCAUUAUUUGGCGUUUAUAUUAUUGGAUUUUUCCUGCCAUGGAUCAAUAAGCGUGCAACCCUUAUUGGAAGUAUUGUUGGAUUCAUCACAAUGAUGUUCUUCGUUCUUAAAGUUCAAGCUGAAAUGGCACUCGGAUAUUUGAAAUUUACUACCAAGCCUAUGUCAGUAGAACAUUGCGAAUAUAAUUUUACAGCACCAUCAUUGACGAUAUCAAGUUUAGUGGAAGAAAAGCAAGUCACAGUGCCUAGUAUUUAUCAGAUAUCUUAUCUUUAUUAUACUUUAAUUGGCACAGUUCUAGUUAUAUUAGUAGCAUUCCUAUUAAGCUUUCCAUUGGGUUUUGAGGACGUAAAUAAAAUCGAUCAGCGAUUGUUGGCACCUUUCGUCCGUAGAAAAAUUCAAAAAUCAAAUCCAAAUCCCGACAUAUUUAUGACAUCAAAAUAG